AGCUUGGACUGAUGGAGUUUUUACUUGGGAGCGGGUUUAUGAUGCUACCGUGUUUGAAGAAUGAGGAUUAAUGUCUUGAUAAUUAGUAAGGAUUCGUCAGAUAGACACAGAGUGAGGGAGGAUGUGAUAGAACACGGUACUUGAGAUCAAAGUGACUUCGGCUUGUAGGAGUAGCACGUGUUGGGAAGGCUCGUCAUAUACGUACAAACGUACGUGUAUGUGCGCUACGGCUGCAUCGUAUAGAAUAUUUAUUUUUUUAUUUCGAAUUGUAGAAAUUUCUCUCGUGUUGUCGUGUAACGUUUUUGUUUAGUUUCGUAACGGGAAAAAAGGUGCAACGUUAACUUAUGAUGAAUUGAAAACUCUUCACCGUGCGAUAAGUAACACAUCAUGAUCGAGAUAAAGCGAGAAAGGUUUGAAAGUUGUCAAGAGGUGGACGUGGGAGUCAUGGGAAAUAACCACGCAUAUAUGACUGAGGAUCAAUAUGGCUACACGCUGGGGAGUGGAUAUGAACCUCCUCCAAACAGUACCCUACCACUGACAGAGGCUACUCUUCUGUCCCAUUAUUCAACAGGAAAUACUGGCCCUUCGUCACCAGGUGUUAACAAUGCCUCAGUUUACUCAACCAGUAGAGGAGGGGGCAUAUGCCAACAAGGCAGUAUAAUGAUGGACAUUAGUGACUCAUCUGUGAUGAAUGGAGAUGUUGUUGGUCAUCAUGCUUCAGAUGGCACAUUUCAACACUUGCAGUCUCGUGUAAGAGCAAAUGACCACAGUGGCCGAGGACCAUAUGAUGGACACCCUGUAGAUCUCUCCAACCAGCGACCAGAUAGCCAUUUGUCACACAUGAAUUUAGGGAGUUAUGUUGGAACACAUUACAGGAGCAUGUCUCAAAACAGGAGCCAUUUUGAAAAUGAGCACAGUGUUUCUGAAAAUGAGUCUUCUAUGCAGAUGCUUUCAAGCUCUCUAAGUGUUUCGGAGAAGCCUACCAUUGAUCAUCAGCAGGUAAACCAUCUGCCACCCUUUAGUGGACAAAAUCCUCUUGGUGGAUCCACAUUAGGGUCUCGAACACACCCUUCACCCAGUCCUCUUCCAACUCCCCCACCUAUUGAUGAUGAUGGACAUAGAUCUAGGAGGAGAGAUCAAAGACUGACAAGAGAGGCAAUGAAAAACUACUUGAAAGAAAGAGGGGAUAUGGUCCUUGUGAUUUUACAUGCCAAAGUUGCUCAAAAAUCAUAUGGGAAUGAAAAAAGGUUUUUUUGUCCACCACCAUGUAUUUACCUUUUGGGAGAUGGUUGGCGAAAGAAACAGCAACAGAUGGUUCGAGAUGGGGAGAAUGAUCAGAGUGCACAGCUGUGUGCCUUUAUAGGGAUUGGAAAUUCUGACCAGGAAAUGCAGCAACUGGACUUUAAUGGGAAGGUAUGGAAGAACUAUUGUGCUGCGAAAACUUUGUACAUAAGCGAUUCAGACAAGCGGAAACACUUCAUGUUGUCUGUUAAAAUGUUUUAUGGAAAUGGUGAAGACAUUGGUGUAUUUCAUAGCAAGAGAAUCAAAGUAAUUUCAAAACCAUCAAAGAAAAAGCAAUCUCUUAAAAAUGCAGAUUUGUGUAUAGCGUCAGGAACAAAAAUUGCACUCUUCAAUCGGCUUCGAUCUCAGACUGUCAGCACUCGAUACUUACAUGUAGAAAAUGGAAAUUUCCAUGCUAGUUCCACUCAGUGGGGAGCUUUUACUAUACAUCUGUUGGAUGAUAAUGAAUCUGAAUCUGAAGAGUUUACAGUUCGAGAUGGCUACAUUCACUAUGGUUCAACUGUCAAGUUAGUUUGUUCUGUCACUGGAAUGGCACUUCCUCGACUGGUAGUUCGUAAAGUGGACAAACAGACAGCACUUUUAGAUGCUAGUGAUCCUGUCUCACAACUUCACAAGUGUUCUUUCUUCAUGAAAGACACAGAAAGAAUGUACCUCUGUCUCUCCCAGGAGAGGAUAAUACAAUUCCAAGCAACGCCAUGCCCUAAAGAACCUUUCAAAGAAAUGAUUAACGACGGCGCUUCGUGGACUAUUAUCAGCACAGACAAAGCAGAGUACACAUUUUAUGAAGGAAUGGGGCCUGUUCAUUCUCCAGUCACACCAGUGCCAGUUGUAUUCAGUCUCCAUUUGAAUGGGGGAGGAGAUGUUGCAAUGCUCGAGUUGACUGGCGAGAAUUUUACUCCAGUCUUGAAAGUUUGGUUUGGUGAUGUUGAAGCAGAAACAAUGUAUAGGUGUCAGGAAAGUAUGUUGUGUGUGGUUCCUGAUAUUUCUGCAUUUCGUGAAGGUUGGCAGUGGGUUCAUCAUCCAACUCAGGUACCUGUCUCACUAGUAAGGAAUGAUGGGAUUAUCUAUGCAACAGGCCUGACCUUUACAUAUACACCUGAGCCUGGACCCAGACCUCACUGUCGUACUGUUGAAGAAAUUCUUCGACCUGCUGGUAGUCACACACAUCCUCCAGAUGGGGAAGAACCUGGACCUCUAAUUUCUACAUACACUCAUGUUUCAUCGGGGCUCUGAUGUCUCAAUAUCAGACUUUACAAGUACACGAAAGCUAAAGAAAAAAAGUUUUAUGUUUUUCUUCUAUAAAUGGCUUCACUAAUGUGGGCUAAUAUAUUAAAAAUUAUGAAAACAUUGGGAGAAAGCCUGGCUUUUAUAUAUUCUUUGAAGAAAGACUUGAUUUAAUAGCAUAUGUUUUAGCAAUUGAUUUAUUCAAACAGUAACAAGUGCUUGUAUGGAAAGACUUUGAAAGCCCAACAUAAUCAGUCGAAGAACUUGUAUUUCAGCUGAGACUGCAACUGUUUAGUACCUUUCAGUCAGUAUGAAACAGAAAAAUGGUUUGCGAUGUGAAUGUUUUAACUAUGUAAUAAGUUCAGUGUAAAAACUGUGGCUGUGCUUAUAACACCUGAAAUGUGGUGCAAAAUUCUGAGAGAGAGAAAAGAAAUCUCUAUCAGUUUUGUAGAAAGUGUCUGUGGUAUACUAUUCUAUGUAUAUAACAGUGACAUUUAUAUGACUUAGCUGAAAGCAUCUGUUUAAAACUAGUUACCAAGGGGCACAAGUAGGUAGAGCAUGUGCUUGAAAGGAAUGUGUAACUAUGGAAUUAGUGUGUAUAUACUUGAGGUAGAUAUAUAUAUAUUGAAUUUCAGUAAAAAUUAACUCUGCAAUUUUUUUGUUUUUUUCAGUUAAAGCCUUCUAAUGCUUAAAAAGUUUGCAAAAGCUUCAGAAAUUUCUGUAUAUUAUGUUUUACAAAACACUUUUUUUUACUAUGCUUAUUAUACAAGAUUUAUUUCUUCAUCCAAGAAAAGAAAAAGGCUUAUCAUUAUUCAAUUCAUUCUUUUUAAAAUUAUUUUUUGCUCUAUUUUUAUUAAAAGGGUGGGAAAAAUGAUUGUAUUUUGUAAUCGUAAUUUAUGUUCUUUGUGUCACAUCACUACUAUGUGUUAAUGCAAAUAUUUAAAAAAGAAUUUUCAACAACAUUUGUGGUUAUACAUGUUAUUUGUACUUACCAGUAUUGUACUGUGCUCUAAAGAACAAGCAACUAUGAAAGUUAUAGUCAAUGAUGUGGGUUUUUGAAUGACUAAUAAAAGUUUGGAACAUAUUGAGAAUAAAGGUUUAUCUUGUCUGCUGUGUAAUAGAUUUAUAUACAUUAAAUGAGAAUAAAAGGUUUUCAUUGUC